GAAGUCUUUUUUCACAGGGACAAAAUAAUCGAGAAAAAGAGCGGCAAAGGAGGAUAAAUUGUAGGAGAAAUGGAAGAAAACAAUCACAAAAAAGAGGGGAGUAGACAGAAUAUCAAAUACGCAAGGCAAUUGAGUCCGUGAAAAUCGGGGUCAGUCUUGGCUUCCAUUUUAGUGCUGUCACUUGGGCUAGAUUAAAUCAUUAAUCGCCUCUCUCACCCCUCAUCUGAACUAUCGUGAGCUCCGAAGCGGCCGCCAUGGACAGGGCGCCAAUCUACAUCCUCGGCGUCGGCAACCUCGGGAAGCUGGUCGCCUAUUACCUGCGGAAGCAGUCGCCGACCACGCCCGUGACGCUGCUCUUUCACAGGGACGGCCUGCUGUCUGACUGGGCCGCCGCCGGCCAGGCCAUAGAGUGCGCAACCCCCGGCAACGGCGCGGCCGACAGGCGGACUGGCUUUGUCGUCGAGGCCCCGAGCCACCGCGCGCCUGCCCCCGGGGCGCCGGCGCCGCUACCGCCCAUAAAGAACCUCGUCGUGGCCACAAAGACGUACAUGACCGCCGCGGCCCUGCGGCCGCUGGAGCACAGGCUAGGGCGCGACUCCAACGUCCUGCUUCUGCAGAAUGGAAUGGGCACCGCAGAGGAGCUCUCGGCGACGCUCUUUACAGACCGCGCGUCGCGCCCGGCCUACUGGGCGGGCAUUAGCAGCGCCGGCGUCUACGGGACGGGGCCCUUCUCCAUCGUGCACGCCGGCCGCGGGCCCCUGACGAUCGGCAGGGUCCUUGUGGAUGACAACGACGACGAAAGCGACAGUGGCGAGCAGCAGCAGCAGCAGCAGCAGCAGCGCCACGACGCCCCCGGGACCAUGAUCCAGCGCCUGCUCGAGGCACGCGACCUCGAGGCAGCCCUGGCCACCCCGCAGCGGCUCCGGGCGGCGCAGCUGCGCAAGCUGAUGGCCAACGCCACCAUCAACCCGCUCACGGCCGUCUUCGGCUGCCGCAACCGCGACGUCUUCGCCACGCCCGCCCGGCUGGAGCUGCUGCGGCUGCUGGUGGCCGAGACGGGGCCCGUGGUCCGGGCUCUGCUCGGCGGCGGCGGCGGCCCCGACGACAACAACCACGACGGCGAGUUCUCCGACGAGCGCCUGCUGGCCGCCGCCCUGCUCGUCGCCGAGCGCACGGGCGGCAACGUCAGCUCCAUGCUGCAGGACGCGCGCGCGGGGCGCGAGACCGAGGUCGACUACAUCAACGGCUACGUCGCCUCCCGCGCCGCCGCCCUCGGCCUGCCCGCGCCCCGCAACGCGGCCCUCGUCGCCAUGGUGAAGCGGCGCGAGACGGCGACCGAGGAUGAGGUUAUAGAGCGCUUUACCCGCGCAGGCCUCGCGAGCGCAUCGUAGCUUUCCUACCUACCUACCUACCUACCCAUAUAGUUACGGAAAGGAAUUGAAAAAACGAAGGGAAAGCGUGGGAGAAAAAAAAAGUCGAAAGCACUGUAAUACACUAUGCGGGCACUGUACCCCUAAUGACCCUGGUCGGUGGCCGACUUCAACGUUUUCUACCCUUAUAGAUGGUAGUCAGCCGCUUGAGUGCUAUCCCGACGGACCUGAACAAUACCCGUCCGAUCUCGUUGUUAUAGAACUUGCAUAUGUCGA